GCACAACCAAAUUAUACUAACUUGUCCCAAGCCUUACAAACAAUUGCCCACGAAGUUACUUUCGUCCCAAAUAUGCCAAACGUGAACGUUGCAGACCAGUUAACAAUAAUUCAACGAUCACUCUCAAAUUUGACUGAUACAGUCACAAACUUGUCUGAUAAAGUCACAAACUUGUCUGAUAAAGUCACAAACAUGUCUAAUAGAAUCGAUG